GCUGACUAGCAAUAAUCGAUUGGAACCAACCCCUGUGGUUAGAUGAAGCUUCGUGUUGCAUCUGCAUCUAUAUAAAGAGUGAAGGGACCUUGCUUAGCUUCUGUAAAUAUUAUAGUAUACAGCGAUGGCUUCAGUGGCUUGCGACAAGGGCUUCUCUAGCAGUCAUUUUCUGCUGAAGCCAGAGGAAGUGCGUUUCUUGGAUCUCAUUCGCAUCUUAUUUUCCAGUGACAUAGAGAACAGAGACUUCGUUGACACCUCCGAGGGCAAGGAGGAAAGUUUUCGCCGCAGGUGGCUCAUUUUCGUCUCUAUUUUGGCCCAAAAGUUCCUGCUUUUUGUGGCCAAGCCGCUCGAAGCCAUUGGAUCAGUGAUCGAGAUGUGGCUCAACCUUGUCAUAUGUAAUCGCAACAUCGGUGUCCUCUUGCUCAAUCUUAUACGAGGGAGGUUGGUAAAACCGGAUAAAACAUCAGCAACUUUCUUGUCGUUUAUUGGUAAUUUGGACAAGCGAGUGGAGUUGGACAGUAGCAUCAAGUGUGGAGAUGGCAGGUACAAUGCAGCACUGGCUAUGAUGGCUUCUAAAGCAUCGUAUGAGAACAAAUCCUAUCUCGAAACUACAGUCAACGAUCAUUGGAAGAUGGAGUUCUUGGAUUGUUAUGACUUCUGGAACGAGUAUCAAGAAAAACCCACAACACAAGCCUUCAUGCUUCGUGAUAAAAAUGCCGACCACGACACCAUUGUUGUGGCCUUUAGAGGCACCGAGCCCUUUGACUCAGAUGCAUGGUGCUCUGACUUCGACAUCUCCUGGUACGGAAUCCGCGAUGUGGGAAAAAUGCAUGGUGGGUUUAUGAAAGCCCUGGGUUUACAGAAGAAUCUCGGUUGGCCUAAGGAAGUCGAACAAAACGACAGCCGCCCUGCUUUAGCUUACUAUGCCAUUAGAGAGAAGCUGAAAGAACUUGUGCAAGAAAAUGAUAAAGCAACGUAUAUAUUGACAGGGCACAGCUUGGGUGGGGCUCUAGCAAUCCUCUUCCCAGCAAUCUUGUUAAUGCACGAUGAGAAAUUGCUGCUGGAGAGAUUGGGGGGUGUUUAUACUUUUGGGCAGCCUAGGGUGGGAGAUGAAAAGUUUGGGGAGUUUAUGGAAAAAAAGCUCAAGGAUUAUAAUAUACGCUAUUUUAGAUUUGUUUACAGUAAUGAUAUGGUGGCUAGAUUGCCCUACGAUGACAAAACACUAAUGUUCAAACACUUUGGGACUUGCCUAUACUAUAAUAGAGCAUACAAGGGGAAGAUUGUUGCAGAGGAGCCAAACAAGAACUAUUUCUCACCAUUGGGAGCGAUUCCUAUGAUGAUAAAUGCGUUUUGGGAGCUGAUUAGAAGCUUUACAAUUAAGUACAAAAAGGGACCCGAGUACAGAGAAAGCUCACUCCUUAAAAUAUUUAGGCUAAUUGGUUUAGUAAUGCCAGGAGUACCAGCUCAUUGCCCCCAGGAUUAUGUCAAUGCCACUCGGCUGGGAUCCUCUGACUUGUUCCUCCCACCCAAGGAACCAGAAAAUCAACAUCAAAUUAUAAUGACUACUACAGUUUGAGGAGGAAAUUUGCAUCAACUCAUUUUACUUGCAAUAUUGCCUUCCUAUAUUGUGAUCGAGUGUGCCGAUGCAUUUACUUUCUUGUAAAUGUUUUUCAGAUUUUUUUAAAAAAAAAAGUGUUUUGAUGUGAUA